CAAGCUGGAGGAGCAAGGCGCCGGGCCGGUGGUGCAGAAGCAGGCCAUCACCCGCGCCGACCUCCGCAAGCUCUACACCUGCAGCGUCUUCAGCACCCAGAGCCCCUUCGGGCUCCUCAACAAGGUCUGGUUUGAGACCUGCAUGUACUUCUGCACCCGGGGCCGGGAGAACCAGCGGGAGCUGGAGGAAGACUCCUUUGGGCUGGCCGUGGAUGAAGAUGGGCGCAAGUUCGUCUACUUCAAGGCGUUGGGGCCCUACCACAAGUCGCGCUCAUCCUCCUGGAGCAAGAAGCGGGCGGAGAGCAGCGACGAGGAGAACCUGCCCCGCAUGUACGAGACUGGCACCGAGUUCUGCCCCUACGCCAGCUUUGUCAAGUACCUCUCCAAGCGCAACCCCCUCUGCAAGGCCUUCUUCCAGCGCCCGCGGGACCACUGCAGUGAGGGUGACAUCACCUGGUACGAGAACAAGGCCAUCGGCAAGAACCUCCUGGGCACCCGCAUGCAGAUGCUCUCCAAGGCGGCCAAGCUCUCCAAGACCUACACCAACCACUGCAUCGGCGCUGUCUCCAUCGCCACCCUCAACAGCAUUGCCGGCAUCGGCACCAAGCUAGGGGGACCACAGCCACCGCACCACCACCACCCCCCUCCCCAUCACCACCACCACCACCUCCUCCACCACCCCGCUGGCGGGGGCUGCUACACCCCUGCUGCCCUCAACGGUGGACCGCGGCCCCGGCCGGCCACCGCCAACCCCUACGUGCUGCCCAAAGACGGUGACGCCGCGCCGGUGAAGGCGGAAGCGGCCGCGGUGGCCCCGGCCAAGCGGGCACUCUACGAGGUGGUGUUCCCAGCGGGGGCCGCGGCCGGCGGCGAUGCCUGCGGGCCCUCCGCGUCCCCAAAAAGACUCUGCCGCCGCCCCGCCGAGCCCCUGGACGCCGCCGCGCCUGCCGUGGUGGUGGUCUCAGUGAAACACGACCCCCUGCCUCACCUCCUCCCUGAAGCCAAUGGGCACAGAAGCACCACCUCACCCACAGUAGUUUCACCUGCUAUUGUUUCCCCCACACAGGACAGUCGGCCCAAUAUGUCAAGACCUCUGAUCACUAGAUCCCCUGCAUCUCCAUUGAACAAUCAAGGCAUCCCCACUCCAGCACAGCUCACAAAAUCCAACGCGCCAGUUCACAUUGAUGUGGGUGGGCACAUGUAUACCAGCAGCUUGGCCACGCUUACAAAAUACCCCGAUUCCAGGAUCGGCCGGCUGUUCGAUGGCACGGAGCCCAUCGUCCUCGACAGUCUCAAGCAGCAUUAUUUCAUCGACAGAGAUGGGCAGAUGUUCAGAUAUAUCUUGAAUUUUUUAAGGACAUCGAAACUCCUCAUUCCUGAUGAUUUCAAGGACUACAGUUUGUUAUAUGAAGAAGCAAAGUAUUUCCAGCUUCAGCCCAUGCUAGGGGAGAUGGAAAGGUGGAAACAGGACCGGGAGAGUGGCCGCUUCUCAAAGUCUUGUGAGUGCCUGGUGGUGCGAGUUGCCCCAGACCUUGGAGAGAGGAUUACGCUGAGUGGCGAUAAGUCAUUGAUAGAAGAAGUGUUUCCAGAGAUCGGUGACGUGAUGUGCAAUUCUGUCAAUGCCGGCUGGAAUCACGACUCGACGCACGUCAUCCGAUUUCCACUGAAUGGAUACUGUCACCUCAACUCAGUUCAGGUACUUGAGAGGUUACAGCAAAGAGGGUUUGAGAUUGUUGGCUCAUGUGGAGGUGGGGUGGACUCUUCCCAAUUCAGUGAAUACGUACUGAGACGAGAACUCAGAAGGACAUCUCGUGCACCCUCCGUCAUUCGAAUAAAGCAAGAGCCUCUGGACUAAAAUGGACAUGUUUCUUUAUGCAAAAAAAAAAAAAAAAGGCAAAGAGAGAGAAAAAAAAAAAAAAGGGGGACGUUUCAUGUGCAGUUUGGACUCCAAACAAGUCCUGGAACUAAAAUUGAAUAAAAGACACAUUUAUAUCAAAUAUAGAGACCACACCUGAAUUCAUAUGGGAACAUUUGGAAUAGUAGUAAUAAUAAUAAUAACCUCAAGGUGUAAAAGAAAACACACAAACACACACAUAUAUAUAAAAAUAUGUAUGUAUAUGUAUGUAUGUAUGUACAUAUAUAUAUGUAUGUAUAUGUCAAAGGGUAGGAAAUGCAACAACAAAAAAAGUGGUAGAUGAGGUUGGUGCUGUGAUGGCCAUUAAGUGUCCUAGGCCUUUCUGGGGCCCACUUAACGGUGUACAAGCCAUUACCAUUGGGGGAUACAUUGACAACUCUCCACCCAUUUUCCAUUGCCAAACAGCCAUCCACUUUUUAAUGUGUACACACCUUGACUCAACUUUAUUUGCAUAUGGAGGUUUAUGUCUGUCAUUUUUAGAGGUGGAUGGGCAGGUGUUCAGGAGAAGACCACCCAUUGCAUUGGAAAGCUAGUUGACUGAAAUCUUAAAUGUAGUUUGUACAGAAGUCGCACACUUUUUGUCUGCCCUCACAUAUGUGAAAGGUUAAUUUUUCUUUUGAAUGGAGGUUUUUUUUUGUUGUUGUUUUUGUUUUGUUUUGUGUUUUUUCAAAGGGGGCCAGAAUAAUUAAUAUUUGGUAGAGACGCUCUGGUUUGAAUCUGCUGCUUUCCUACAAUUUUUUCAAAUUUUAUAAUGUAUUAAAUACAAUAAACUCUGUUUAAAAUAACGAGGGUCUGGUUUAAGCCAACAGAAGCAGAGAGGAGGGGUUUAGCUCGCUCACUACACUUGGGCAGGCAGCGCUGCCCAUGCAGGGGGGAGUGAGUUAAAGGCAGCAGAGGCCGUGGUGGCAUCUGCCUGGCGUGCCGCAGGUUGCCCGUCUUCCUUCAGCGCUGACUUUUUUAAGAAGCUUGGUCCCGGUUUGAAGAGUGGCUGUUGGUCAGAUUGAAAAAAUAACACCAGCUCAGCCCAGGGAAACCCAUCAAAAAAACCCAAUGGUGCCCAGUUCUUGUAACCUUCAAUGUAACAGGGGGUAGUUGCAUCCUUCCCUCUUGACUAAGGAGUUGGCAGCUUCAACUCUCCAAGCCCUUGCCCUGCUGAGUGUUAGUCAGCCCCUUUUUGUUUUUUGAUGUUGUUCAUUUCCCUCGUUUAGAGCUUAGUGUUCUUCUGCCUAGGGAGUGAGACAGUCAGCCCCUCUCACCUUAUGCCAUCGGCUGCGUCCCUCUUGGGAGCGGGCAGUAGGUCGAUGAUGUCCUGCAAGUUGUGUUCUCCUCCAGAGUCUCACCGAGGCCACCCCUGCAGCCACCUGGUUCUGGCCGGUGAGAUUUUUGCAACGGGACCGUUCACGGGUUGAGGCUUUCACCACCUAAAACGCACCAGCAACCACCACCUUUCCUCCAAAGUACCUUUUUAUGCAAUAUUCCAGAAUAUGACUGUGUAUUCAUCCUGGUAUGGAAGUUUCUAUUGACGCAAUGGUGCCGGCGUUCCUUUCAUUUUGGUGACACUUUGCUAUUUAUUUAAGAAAAGGAAAAAAAAAGAAAUUGUUAAAUACAUGUAACAAGGUUUUUAAUAUAGUCUGAUAACU